AUGGCCACAGCAGCAGUCCUCGCACCCCAUGACGUCCCGACGACGCUCAACUACUAUUCUCCUAUUGGAGAAGAGGCACCGUACCAGUAUGUUAUCGAGCCGCCAGAAGGUGUUCCUCGCGAUAAUAUCGGUACCGACACCCACCCCGUUACCGUCCAUGAUGCUCGCGGCCGUGAGGCCGAAUUCACGAUCGAUAAUGGCGGCUUCCAGUUCGUGAAGCACGUUAGCGCCGAGAAGGACUUUGACGACGAAGAGCGCAUCAAGGCGGAGUACUAUAAGGAGGUUGAGGAACUUCUGAAGAAGGAAGUUGGCGCGAAGCGCGUCUUCAUUUUCGACCACACUAUCAGGCGCAAGCCCGCCCCCGAAGUUGGCAGCAGACCUGAUAAUCGCGGACCAGUCGAGCGCGUGCACAUCGACCAGACGUUCGAAGCGUCUGUGCUGCGCGUGCAUUACCACCUUGGCGAGGAAGCAGACCGCCUUCUCAAAGGGCGCGUCCGCAUCAUCAACGUGUGGCGUCCUAUCCACCACCCCGUCGCACACAAGCCGCUCGCCGUUUCCGACUGGCGCUACCUCGACACCAACCACGAUCUUGUCCCGGUGCGCUUCAUCUACCCGCACCGCGAGGGCAGCGUAUACAGCGUGCGCUACAACCCGAACCACAAGUGGUAUUACCUCUCGAACCAGACUCCGGAGGAAGUCACGCUCAUUAAGUGCUAUGACUCGGAUGUGAACCGCGCGAGGCUGACUCCGCACUCGGCGUUUUUGGACAAGAGCAGCCCUCCGGAGGCCCCGCACCGGGAGUCCAUUGAGAUCCGCUGCCUCGUCUUUGACAGCGAGUAA